UUGAAAUUUCCAUUACGGUCACACUGAAUGCAACAACGAACAGAAAAAAUAGCUCACAAUACUCCCAAUAAUAGCAUUGGGAUUUGUGUGAUAAACAAAAACAACAAAAUUAAAGCAAUAUUUUUAUAAAAUUAAAUAUAUAAUGGAACGCAACAAUGGACGCUACCCCUACAUACGCCGCCAAGGCAGUGGCAAUGGACCACACAACCACCAUCAUCAUAACAGUUCAAAUUCCUCAUCUACAUCGUCGUCCUCAUCGUCGGCAUCGGUGACAAACGCAUCGCAUAAUACACAAUACUCCAAUAAUAGCAUUAUUAACUCUUCAUCAAACACCAAUGCGCUCUAUGCAGCGGCGGUGUCGCAGCAACAGCACCAACAACAACAACAGCAGCAAAGUGUGACCAUAUCACAACAUGAUGAAUUAAUUCGUUACAUUCGUGGGGCUUGGAACAAAGUUAGCGAGCAGGGAACACCUGUAAUAUACUGCAAUGAAUCUGAUAAUCAAUUGAAAAAUUUCAAACCGUUCAAUCUAGAAGAGUAUUGGGGCCAACGCCUGGUGCAGAACAUACAUGUGACCACUACACAUCAGUAGAGAAUAAUCACAAUAACAACACAAAUACAUAAAUGACGAAGGCGCAUAAUAUUUAGCAUAUAUAAAAUAAGUGUACGUAAAAUGCUAUAUAAACCACACAACCGGAUUGACAAUUAUUAACAAACAAAUGCAUUUGUUGCAAUCAGGAUGCUGUAUCAAACGUUUGGUUUUUUUUUAAUAAUUGUAUUGACUUCAAAACCGAAUACAUUAUAUGCAUUAUUUUUAUUGUGCAUGUAUUUUUUGAGCAAUUUUGAAAAUUAAUUCCAAGCACUGCCAGCUGAGAGGCAAACAAAAAAAUGUUAAAAUCUUUAUACAAAAAAUUCAACAGCAUCCUGUAUUCGAAAAUGUAGCAAUAAUAAUUUAUUGUUCGCAAAUUAAUGACCAUUUUGAAUUGCAGCAUCCCUGAAUUCCAAACCAUUCGCAAUUCGCGAAAAACAAUAAUAAACAGUGUAAUGCA